CUUAGCUUUCAUGGUAGAGACGGACGGCUGCUUGUAGCCAAACAAGAGUUUCCUCCGUCACAAGGACCGACCACUGACUAUUCAUGACUGUCACGGGAAUCUGAACGCGACUCGACUUAAACAACGAGAGCACAGCCAUGCGGAGCUCCAGGGCUCUGUCCCCUACUAUCCUGCUGCCCAGGCUGCUGCACCCUCACACUGGCUACACCUGGGCAGGGAGGGGCCUCUGGACCUCCUCCGCCUGCAUGGCCACCAGCGGCGACUCUCCCCAGCCGCUGCCACUGCCCGCUCAGGCCCGGGUGGUGAUCUGUGGCGGAGGGGUGGUGGGCACCUCGGUGGCGUAUCACCUGGCCAAGCUGGGCUGGACCGACAUCGUCCUCCUGGAACAGGGACGACUGGGCGCCGGGACAACCAAACUAUGCGCUGGCAUCAUCAGCGUGGCCAAGCCGAUCUCCAUCGAGUGCCAGAUGGCAAAUUACUCCAUCGCUCUGUACCAGCAGUUGGAGGAGCAGACGGGCGUCAAAACAGGCUACGUGAGGACGGGCUCUUUGUGCUUGGCUCAAAAUCAGGAUCGCUUCAUCUCGCUGAAGCGCCUCGCGUCAAGACUCAAAGUGAUGGGGAUCAGCUGUAAUGUUGUCAAGCCUAAAGACGUGGCCAAGCUCCACCCGAAAGUCAACAUCCACGACCUGGUGGGGGCGCUCCAUCUGCCCGGGGACGCCGUGGUGUCGCCGCCGGACGUCAACCACGCGCUGGCCGUGGCAGCAGCCGGACAAGGCGUGCAGAUCUUGGAGCGAACCAGCGUUCAGCAGGUCCUGGUGGAGAAAGGUCACGUGACGGCUGUGGAGACGGAUCGCGGCUCCAUUGAGUGUGAAUAUUUUGUCAACUGUGCCGGACAGUGGGCGUACGAACUGGGCCAGGCAAGCGAGACCAAAGUGUCGGUUCCCCUGCACGGCUGCGAACACUUCUACCUCCUCACCAAACCUCUCCAAGAGGCGGUCCCGGCCGACACGCCAGUGGUGAUCGACAUGGACGGCAGGAUCUACGCUCGGCCGUGGCAGGGAGGCCUGCUGUCGGGGGGCUUUGAGAAGAACCCCAAGCCCAUCUUCACGGAGGGCCGCAACCAGCUGGAGAUCCAGAACAUGCAGGAGGACUGGGACCACUUUGAGCCAAUGCUCAGCGCGCUGCUGAGGAGAAUGCCGAGCCUCGAGUCCGCCGAGAUCCUGCAGCUGGUCAACUGUCCCGAGUCCUUCACACCGGACAUGCGCUGUCUGAUGGGGGAGACGCCGGGGGUGUCCGGCUACUACGUGCUGGCCGGGAUGAACUCUUCCGGACUGACUUUUGCUGGCGGAGCUGGCAAGUACCUGGCCGAGUGGAUGACCUACGGUUACCCCACCGCCAACGUCUGGCCGCUGGACAUCAAGCGCUUCGGCAACCUGCAGAGCAGCCGCACGUUCCUGCGCCACCGAGUCAUGGAAGUCAUGCCCCUGUUGUACGAACUGAAGGUCCCUCGCUGGGACUUCCAGACGGGGCGCCAGCUGAGGACCAGUCCGCUGUACGACCGCCUGGACACGCAGGGGGCCCGCUGGAUGGAGAAACACGGCUUUGAAAGGCCCAAAUAUUUUGUUCCUCCAGGGAAAGAUCUUCUGUCCCUGGACCAGAGCAAAACCUUCUACAAGCCCGACUGGUUCGACAUCGUCGGCGCCGAGGUGAAGUGCUGCAAGGAGGCGGUCUGCGUCAUCGACAUGUCGUCCUUCACCAAGUUCGAACUGACCUCCUCCGGCGGCGAGGCCCUGGAGCUGCUGCAGCACCUGUGCGCCAACGACCCGGACGUCCCGGUGGGCCACAUCGUCCACACGGGCAUGCUGAACGAGCGCGGCGGCUACGAGAACGACUGCAGCGUGGUGCGCAUCAGCAAGAACAGCUUCUUCAUCAUCUCCCCGACGGACCAGCAGGUGCACUGUUGGUACUGGAUCAAGAAGCACAUGCCCAGCGACCCACACCUCCACCUGGAGGACGUCAGCUGGAAGUACACCGCCCUGAAUCUGAUCGGACCUCGUGCCAUGGACGUCCUGGCAGAGCUCUCCUACGUCUCCAUGACGCCGGACCACUUUCCGUCCAUGUUCUGCAAGGAAAUGAGCGUGGGCUACGCCAACGGCAUCCGAGUGAUGAGCAUGACGCACACGGGCGAGCCGGGCUUCAUGCUCUACAUCCCCAUCGAGUACGCGCUGCACGUGUACAACGAGGUCAUGUCGGUGGGACAGAAGUACGGCAUCCGCACCGCCGGCUAUUACGCCCUGCGGAGCCUCCGCAUCGAGAAGUUCUUCGCCUUCUGGGGUCAAGACUUGGACGCCUUCACCACGCCGCUGGAGUGCGGACGCGAGUUCAGGGUCAAGUUCGAUAAGGACACGGACUUCCUGGGCCGCGCCGCUCUGCUGCAGCAGCGCCACGACGGCGUCUCGCGCCGCUUCGUCAUGCUGGUGCUGGAGGACCAUGACACGGAGCUGGACCUGUGGCCUUGGUGGGGCGAGCCCAUCUACCGCAACGGCCACCUGGCGGGCGCCACCACCAGCAGCGCCUACAGCUACACGCUGGAGCGCCACGUCUGCCUGGGCUUCGUGUCGCCGCCGCCGGGCCCUGACGGCCUCCCCACCGCCAUCACACCGGACUUCAUCAACCGUGGCGACUACGAGGUGGACAUCGCCGGCCAGCGCUACCCGGCCAAAGCCAAACUCUACCCCUACAGCUCGCAGUUCACGCAGCACAAGAGGCGCAAGGAGGACCUGGAGCUCAGCAACCUGCAGGGCAAGUGACGUCCGCCGCCGCCGCCACCGCCGUCCCUACGGAGCACUCCUGCUCCACCUUUUCCUUUCUUCCAAGUGCAAUACUCCACAAGGCACCAAACUUGGGUGUGGACUGAAAAGUGCCUUUUGAAGGCAGCGUACGCCAAGACAACGUCCGCGCUUUGACAUGAAGAAGCCGUGCAAAAAAAGUUUGCUUUUGCCGCGUCCGUCGCUUCUUUGUCGUCUGCGGCGUGACUUCUCAUUCGAAACCGCCGUCGCUGUUUGAUGCUUUUUAGGGAAACGCCUUCAAUAUUUCACGUCCGUCACGAGUGGAAAGAAACCGCGUCCGUCUGUCAUUGGCAAAGUACGAGAAUUAAAACCAAGCCGCAAAGAAAAACUCCCAAAAAUUUAUUUACGUCCCACUUAAUGCUACAGGGUAUUUUUUUCCUCAUAAAAUCGCUCCUUCCCCCGAGAAUGAAAACUUUUUUGGCUCAUAUUUGGAUUAGUAUUCUCUUAAAAAUCAAAGAAGAGUUGUUUUCAUUAAUUUCAUAAGUUAAGACUUUUUUCUGUAAUACUGCAAAUAUCAAGAAAUGUCUCAACGAGUCAUAACAUUGAGGAAAAAAACACAAAUACUCGUAAUACAGUAUAAUAAAGUCAUAAAAUGACAACUUUUCUCUCAUACGUGUAAUAUUUACAUUUAAUUUAAAUCAAUAAUGAAUAUCAUUCACUUCAAAAAAUGUUUAACAUUAGACAUUCAUAACAAUCCUUGCAACUCUGACUUAAAUCCUGGAAAGUUACUUGCUACAACUUGAAUUGAAAUUAAAAAUGUAAUAAAAAAUGAUCUUAUUUCUAAAUAUUAUUAAUAAUAAUAUAAUUCACAUUUUAAAAAAAUUUAACGUUUGACAUGUAUGGUAAUACAGUUCU